UAUUCUGAAGCUAAACGAUACCAGAGAUUCUCCAAGAUGCAAAUUGUCUGCUUGGGACUGCUUCUAUCCCAUCUGACCUGGGCAGCACCAACGGUUCAACCACAGGCUGAGAAAACUAGGCAAGACUGUGUGGAAGAACAGAGGGUCACCUACAAGGGUCACCAUGAGAAACAUGGGUAUUAUAUUUUCAAGUAUGUUUACACAUUACCUGGGAGGAAAAACCAAACGGACAUAAAGGAAGAAAGAAACAAAGACAAUAUUGCUCUUCACCUUUCUGGCAAGAGAAGAAAUCAAGAGCCAGCACUUAAAGACAACAUUGCCCAAGAGAGAGAGAAAGACUUGUCCCUCCUUGGAGUUGAUAAAAAUAACCAAAUUAGUAAAUCCCAAAAUCUUUUUGAAAAUAGACAGACAACAAAUGAAGACUAUAGUAUUAGUCACAAAGAUAACGCCCACAAUGACCUACAGACGCCCAUUUACCCCGAAUCCACUGGGAAUUAUGGGUCUGAGGAUGGAGACAAUGUUCUCAGCGGACUUCAUGACCAAGAAGAAUAUGGUGCAGCUCUCACCAGAAAUAAUACACAACUUGUAAUGGCGCCAGGAGCUGUGAUUGAACCAUUAGGGGACGAAAACAAAGAUAUCAAACCCAGGAAUGUUCCAAGCAAAAUUCCAGCAAGUGCAAACCAUGCUAAAGCCCCCUCAAAAGGUAAGAAGAAUCAUCAAAGAGAUCCGCAAGCCCCCGAUAUUCCAGCCAAAGGCAAAAGCACACACCACAUCCAAUACAACACAGACUAUCUAAAACAGUUCCCCAAACUCAAAAAAAUCCCCAGUGAUUUCGAAGGCAGCGGUUAUCCAGAUCUGCAAGAGAGGGGGGACAGUAUCUCUCCUUUUAGUGGAGAUGGCCAGCCUUUUAAGGAUGUUUCCGGUAAAGGAGAAGCUAUGGGUCCUGACCUGGAGGGUGCAGAUAUUCAAACAGAGCUUUCCGGCCCGGGGGAAGCAGAGACCAUUGACCCCGAAGCAGGAGGCCCGGGUUAUAAUGAAAUCCCAGAGAGAGCAGAAGAUGGCAGAAAUGCCAUUGGAACCCAGGGUGAAACAGCACGAGAGGCAAACACCGCUGAUGUCAGCCUCGUGGGGGGCAGCAACGACAUCAUAGGGAGCACCAAUUUCAAGGAACUCCCUGGAAAAGAAGGAAACAGAGUGGAUGCAGGCGGCCAAAAUGCUCACCAAGGGAAAGUGGAGUUUCAUUACCCUCAUGUACCCCCAAAAGAGAAAAGAAGAGAAGGCAGUCGCGACGUUGCUGAAAGUACGAAUUAUAAUGAAAUCCCGAGAAAUGGCAAAGGGGGGAGUAGGAAAGGUACGGAACAUUCUAACAGGAACCAAGUGACCGCGAGUGAAAAGCAAAUGUUUCCUAGUAAGAGCCAAAGUCCCGGCCAGCUCAUUCCUCCUCAGGGCCUUGACAAUGACAUUAAAAGUGAAAUAGGUCCCCACAGUGACCCCAAUAAUGAGGGGACUAUACCCGCACACAGUGGGAGAAAUCAGUAUGGACCCCACAGGCAGAACAGCUCCGCCUGGGGUCAGGGUCUGCCGUGGAGAAGGGGCUCCUGGGCUCACAGAAAAUCCCACCCCAGCAGGAGGGUGAGGCCCCCCAGAAAGCACGGCAGCAGUGAGUCAUCUGACAGCACCAGCUCCAGUGAGAGCGAUGGGGACUAGGCCACUAGGAACUCCCAGCAGGAUCCAGUUCAAAUCCCCAGAUAUCCCGACUUGACCUGACGGUGAAGGAGGGCCACCCGGUAGCGGACCAGGUGAAGGUGAAGAAGGGCAGGGCAGGGAGCGGAGGACGUCUAGAAACGCAGCCUCCUGGGCAGAACUGUGGCUAUGUUUAUGGUCAUGGUAUGAAAUUCUAUCCAACGUUACGAUGCUUUAUGAAAUUCUAUUGGAAGUUAUGACACUUUUUUAAGGAAAAAAAUCAUUAAGGAUUUAUAGAAUAGGUAGCAUUUGAAUAGUUGUCAUUUAAAAGUAGUUUGUGAAUGUCAAGCCUCUCUUGCUGUUGCUCUGCAAAGAUAGGAAAACAUAGUAUCUCUCAUAUCGUAAUCUGUAAUAAA